GCGGCGGUAUGAAGCGGUGCCGUUCGGACGAGCUGCAGCAACCCGAAGAGGAGCACGGGGCCGCGGGGGAGCAGCACGGGGCUGCAGCCAUGGAAGCUAAAACCGGGGAGGCGGCGGUGGUCCCUGAGGCGGGUGGUGGUGGUCCUCCGCCGCGCUCCAAACCCCCGGACUUGAAGAAAAUCCAGCAGCUGUCUGAGGGCUCCAUGUUCGGCCACGGUUUGAAGCACCUCUUCCACAGCCGCCGGCGGUCGCGGGAACGCGAGCACCAGAACUCACAGGAUUCACUGCCACCUCAUUAUGGGCUGUCUGACCACGAAUCCCCCGACGAGAAGGAACGCUCCCCGGAGAUGCACCGCGUCUCCUACGCCGUUUCCCUGCACGACCUCCCAGCACGUCCCACCGCCUUCAACCGGGUGCUGCAGCAGAUCCGUUCCCGUCCCUCCAUCAAGCGUGGCACCAGCCUGCACAGCGGAAGCCGGAGGGCCAAGAGUGGCUCGUUGGACCCCCAGAAGGGCAGCCCACACCUCAUCCGAAAAGCUCCCCAGGACAGCAGCCUCACAGCCAUCCUGCAUCAGCAUCAGGGUCGGCCCAGGUCGUCCUCCACCACUGACACUGCCAUCCUGCUGGCUGAGAGCGGGGCCGUCUAUCUGCUCACUGAGGACAGUGAGAGCCUGGCUGAUAAGCUGGAUAAGGGGGACGUGGCCACGCUUGGGCUGCCCUCCACCACCGGCCACGGCGACACCGACGGCCCCAUCUGUCUGGACGUCCCCGAUGGCACUCCGGACCCCCACAGGACCAAGGCAGCCAUCGAGCACCUGCACCAAAAGAUCCUCAAGAUCACAGAGCAGAUCAAGAUCGAGCAGGAAGCUCGUGACGACAACGUGGCCGAGUACCUGAAGCUGGCCAACAACGCGGACAAGCAGCAGGCAUCGCGCAUCAAGCAGGUCUUUGAGAAGAAGAACCAGAAAUCGGCGCAGACCAUCGCGCAGCUGCACAAGAAACUCGAGCACUACCACAAAAAGCUGAAGGAGAUCGAGCAGAACGGCCCGUCCCGACAGCCCAAAGAUGUUUUCCGGGACAUGCACCAAGGUCUCAAGGACGUCGGGGCAAACGUCCGUUCCAGCAUCAGUGGAUUUGGUGGUGGUGUGGUGGAGGGUGUCAAAGGAGGGCUCUCGGGGCUGUCUCAAGCCACCCACACCGCCGUGGUGUCCAAGCCUCGGGAAUUUGCCAGCUUAAUCCGGAAUAAAUUCGGCAGCGCAGACAACAUCGCCCACCUGAAGGACACGUUGGAUGAUGGGCACCCCGAGGAGGCCUCACGGGCGCUCAGCGGUAGUGCCACCUUGGUUUCCAGCCCCAAGUAUGGCAGUGAUGAUGAGUGCUCCAGUGCCACCUCGGGGUCAGCUGGUGGCAGCAAUUCUGGAGCCGCCCCGGUGGGUUGGGGGAGCCCCAAAUCCAACACGCUGGAAGGCCAUCACAGCAAUUUUGACACCAUCCUGGAGGAGCUGCGGGAGAUCAAGGACAGCCAGUCGCACCUGGAGGACUCCAUGGAGGACCUCAAGGCACAGCUGCAGCGGGAUUACACCUACAUGACGCAGUGUUUGCAAGAGGAACGCUACAGGUAUGAGCGCCUGGAGGAGCAGCUGAACGACCUCACCGAGCUGCACCAGAAUGAAAUGACCAACCUGAAGCAGGAGCUGGCGAGCAUGGAGGAAAAGGUGGCCUACCAGUCCUAUGAGAGGGCACGGGACAUCCAGGAAGCAGUGGAAUCCUGCCUGACUCGGGUGACCAAGCUGGAGCUUCAGCAGCAGCAACAGCAAGUGGUGCAGCUGGAAGGAGUGGAGAACGCCAACGCCCGGGCAUUGCUGGGCAAAUUCAUCAAUGUCAUCCUGGCUCUGAUGGCCGUGCUGCUCGUCUUCGUCUCCACCAUCGCCAACUUCAUCACACCGCUUAUGAAGACCCGCAUGCGCAUCCUCAGCACCGCCCUGCUCGUCCUCUUCCUUUUCUUCCUCUGGAAACACUGGGACUCCAUCACCUACUUUCUGGAGCACGUCCUGCUCCCCAGCUGAUCCGCAGCACCGGGGUUUUUCCAUUUCUCAAUGGAGGAGAGGGCGGGAGGGGACGGCGCUCCGGAGCCUUUGGUCAUUUCUUUGUGUGCUCUUUGGUUGCUUUCCUGGCCAUCAGUCAGCUGCGGUCACUCAGAGCACGGUGAAGUCGGUCCUCUGGGAUGCUCAGGGUGGGGGAAUUUUGGAUGAAAUUGGUAAUGUAAGUGGUGUUGGGUUUUUCUACAGGGGAGUUUGGCUGGGUUUUUUAUUUUAUUUUAUUUUUUAAAUGUUGCUCUGUUCUGAAAGUCAGUAGGAAGGUCUUCUGCAGAGCCCACCUCAGGGCUGUUGGUAGAGAGGAUUGAGCUGGAGCAAACCCAGUUCUGGGAGAACUUUCUGUACAGAGAGGAGUUACCGGGGCUGGCUUUUCCCUUUCAAUCUGAAAGACAGCAAAAAGAUGGAACUGAAGCAAAGCACGUGGCAAAGGAUGAAGCAGGUCCAAGGCAAGCAGUCACUGCUCCCAGCGAGCUCACAGCAGGACACACAUCUCACCAGCUUCUCCAACCCCAUCACCAGGACCAAGGGCAGAGCAGGGCUGCGGUGCCAUCCCCACACAGACCCAAUGCCAGAAACAGCAUCAGCACCGGCACAAGCGAGACCCCCUCUAUUGGUUUCCCCUCAUUUAUUUAUUUCCCCUUCCUUUGGCUUCAGUUGAUCUGAUCUCUUCAGGGACACCCAGACUUUCCAGCAUCACGCCACUGAGUUUUCCAGCCUCUGCAAUGUGUUGUGUGCGUGUGUGUGUGCGGUUUUUAAGUUAAUUCAAGACUCUGUUUCCAUUUGUGAAUCAAAGCUGGUAGCGCCGGGGGAGGUGGGCAGCUGCCUCCCCAGCCCUACACAAGAGCACAGCAUGCAGUCUUGGAUGUUUCUUAAAUUAUUUCAUACCUAUAUAUUUAUGUAAUAUAUCUACACACACACACAUACAUAUAUAUAUAAAUAUAUAUUAAGAUCUAUCCACA